AUGGCCGAGUACGGUACAUAUCAUAGCUCUGGCUAUGCUGGCGCCCCUGGUGAGGACCCGAACAGACAACAGUCAGCUGUACCCGCGCCAUAUUACCAUCCGAAUGCCCCUCCUGGUCAAGCCGUACAACAGCCCGGACUACCACCGUAUGGAGCAGCACAACCUGCGCAGUUUGCUGGACAGCCUGGCGUCGGUUAUGGACCGGGUCCUGUACCUUCAUCACCACAAGCUCUAGGCGGAUCUACUGUGGGUGGUCUAGCUGCGCAGAUGGAAGGAUUAGGCAUAAGUUCGGACGCCGGCGCUCGGGGACACAAAAAGAAGCAUCGACAUGCGUAUCAUGAUAUUGGAGGUCCCUCCACCCAGGGACUUAACACAUUUCCUUCUCAGAGUAACCUUCAGUCACAAUAUCUCAACACCGGUUUGAAUCAACCAGAGCAACAUCCAGCAACGCCCGCAGCAUUCCCUGGGGCUUCGACUGCGCAAAUACCAGCUAAUGUUGCUCCCGGCGCAACAGCAGACAUAGGAGGAGGUGCUGGGUCAGUUCCUACACAAGGAAAGAUUGACCCCGAGCAGAUCCCCAGCGUCCCCAGGUCGCGAGACAUUCCCGCACAAUACUAUUUCAGCCAUGUCUACCCUACCAUGGAAAAGCAUGUACCUCCACCAGCCUCUAUACCAUUUAUCGCUCAAGACCAGGGGAACUCAUCACCAAAAUUUGCGCGGUUGACAUUAAACAAUAUUCCCUCAUCUUCCGACUUUCUGCAUUCCACCGGUCUCCCACUCGGCAUGAUUUUGCAGCCACUGGCGAGGUUAGAUGCCGGGGAACAGCCCGUGCCAGUGAUCGAUUUUGGCGAUAUAGGUCCCCCGAGGUGUCGAAGAUGCCGAACAUACAUUAACCCGUUCAUGACGUUCCGAUCCGGAGGCAACAAGUUUAUCUGUAAUAUGUGCACGUUCCCGAACGAAGUUCCACCCGAAUAUUUUGCUCCUGUGGACCCUUCAGGGGUGCGCGUCGAUCGUUUGCAGCGACCUGAAUUGGUUUUGGGGACGGUUGAGUUUACAGUGCCCAAGGAAUACUGGGUAAAGGAACCAGUUGGAUUACAACAGCUCUUUUUGAUUGAUGUUAGUCAGGAGUCCGUAAAUAGGGGGUUCUUGAAAGCAGUGUGCGACGGUAUCAUCAAUGCUCUCUAUGGUGACGAAGAGGAGGAGCAGGUUGAGGAAACGGAAUCUGAGUCCAGAACGGUUCCUGAAGAGUCAAAGAUUGGCAUUGUCACAUUUGACAGGGAAAUACAUUUUUACAAUCUCUGCUCCCGGCUCGACAAAGCACAGAUGAUAGUGAUGACGGAUUUGGAAGAGCCCUUCGUCCCUCUCAGUGAAGGUCUUUUUGUGGACCCCUAUGAAUCGAAGGCCGUUAUUACCUCUCUACUGGAACAAUUACCGACUUUGUUCUCACGCGUAAAGUGCCCUGAAUCUACUUUACUACCCACUAUAAAAGCGGCUUUAUCCGCAUUACAAUCAACAGGCGGCAAGCUUGUUUGUUGUUUAGCCAGUCUACCUACCUAUGGCCCGGGUAAACUCGUCAUGAAAGAUAAGAGCCAGGCACCAGAUGGGGAAAAUAAACUAUUUGCUAUUGAUAAUCCUGACUGGAAGGCGGCGGCGAACAAAUUAACAGAAGCCGGAGUUGGAAUUGACUUUUUCGUCGCGGCACCUGGUGGACAAUUCAUGGACUUGACAACGAUAGGUUAUACUGCGGCUAUCUCUGGCGGUGAAUCCUUCUUCUAUCCCAAUUUCCACUCGCCUCGGGAUUCAUUAAAACUCUCGCAAGAGCUAUCCCACUCGGUGACUCGCGAGACUGGAUAUCAAGCUUUGAUGAAAGUUCGAUGCUCCAACGGGCUACAGGUUUCGGCAUAUCAUGGCAACUUCUUGCAGCAUACAUUUGGUGCGGAUCUUGAGAUCGGAACGAUGGAUGCUGAUAAGGCGCUGGGAGUGCUCUUUAGUUACGAUGGAAAACUUGACCCCAAACUUGACGCACAUUUCCAAGCUGCUUUAUUGUACACUACAGCAACUGGACAGCGACGAGUUCGGUGUAUCAAUGUUGUUGCUGGCGUUAAUGAGGGUGGUAUUGAGACAAUGAAGUGCAUUGAUCAAGACGCCGUUGUGGCCAUUAUUGCCAAAGAAGCUGCCUCGAAAGCGGGAGAUAAGACAUUGAAGGAUAUCCGUGCCAGUAUCACGGAAAAGACUGUGGAUAUCUUUUCUGGAUAUCGCAAGAAUUUCUCUGGCUCGCAUCCUCCUGGUCAGCUGGUCCUGCCAGAAAACCUCAAAGAAUUCUCAAUGUACAUGCUUGGUCUGAUCAAGUCGAGAGCUUUCAAAGGCGGCAGCGAGACGGCAGAUCGACGUGUACAUGACUUGCGAAUGCUCCGUGCUAUUGGUUGCUUGGAGUUGUCGUUGUAUCUGUAUCCACGAAUCAUCCCAAUCCACAACAUGAGCGCCGAGGACGGGUUUGCCAGUGAACAAGGCCAGCUGCAAGUCCCUCCUGCAAUGCGAGCAUCGUUCUCCCGCGUUGAAGAAGGAGGGGCAUACCUCAUUGACAAUGGCCAAAGCAUUCUCCUCUGGAUACACUCCUUCGUAUCCCCCAACUUACUCGAAGACCUCUUCGGUCCAGGAAUCACCUCUCUGCAAGCCUUGGACCCGAACACGUCAUCACUUCCGGUCCUUGAGACGCAUCUCAACGCCCAAGUGCGCAAUUUACUCCAAUACCUCUCUACAGUACGCGGAUCAAAAGCAGUCACCAUCCAAUUGGCGCGGCAGGGCAUAGACGGUGCAGAAUACGAGUUUGCACGAUUAUUAGUGGAAGAUCGUAACAACGAGGCACAGAGUUACGUCGAUUGGCUGGUGCAUAUACACCGCCAGAUCAAUCUUGAAUUGGCAGGGCAUCGGAAAAAAGACGAGAGUAAUACUGGUUCGGGUGAAGGGGCACUUGCUAGUCUUGCAGGAAUACGAGCGCCUUAUUGGUAAUCAGGUUCUAUACUAUGGUGGUGGCAACGAAUGUGAAUUUUUUUCCUUCUCUGAAUGAUUAAUUAUAUUAAAAACUUCGAAGCGAGCGAGCAGAGCCGAAAUUAUCAGCGUGUGGAACAUCUCUUCUAUUCUUUGCAUACUUGAUUCCAAUGCAUAUACCGAUUCAGUCUUUUCAUGCAUCAAAGUUUUUAUUUGUGAUUUGUCCUCGUCAAGCACGAUGACCUGUCGAUUCCAAAGCCAUCUACGUAACACGAAUAUAUGUAUAAUUAUAUCCCGAUGCACCGGAAUCCCUCGGUUUGAAAUUCUCUUUUAGUCUAACGAGGUAGUCAAUCACAUGCAUUCCUUUC